AGGGAAACGAGACAAGCAUUGCCUUUUGGUCAAAGCUUUGUUUAAGCAUCACCAAAACACAAGAUGGCUAUCGCUAAGAACAAGGGUCUCGCCAAGGGCGGCAAGAAGGGUCAGAAGAAGAAGCAGGCCGAUCCGUUCCUGAAAAAGGUCUGGUAUGACAUCAAGGCCCCGACUUACUUCAACUGCAAGGGAAACAAGGUCGGACGUACCUGCGUCACCAAGACUCAAGGUAUACCUCAGCUACAAAUCGUGAUUUUGAUUUAGUACGCGCGCUAUUGCGCUGCUCUCCACUGGAUUUAGAUUUCCUCGAAGUUGUGCGCCCACACUUCCAGAUUGAAGUAAAAGCCUGAUAAUAUUUAUACCACCAGAUUCUUCAACAUGAAGUUCCAUUUUCCGUCUCCAAAUCUAAAUUCACUUACCUACAUCUUCGACGUUUCACGCCAAAAUCUCAAUACCUGACCCCAAAACCAAACCCACAUGCAAAACGAACCCCUUCCGAAUACAGGUAACAAGAUCGAGACUGAGGGUCUCAAGGGCCGUAUCUGCGAGUUCAACAUGGCUGAUAUCCAGGACGGAUCCGAGGAUGGCUUCAAGAAGAUCAAGCUCGAGAUCCAAGAGAUCCAGGGAAAGAACUGCCUGACCGACUUCCACGGUCUCGGAAUCACCCGCGAUAAGAUGUGCCAGAUGAUCAAGAAGAAGCAUUCUUUGAUCGACGCCGUCGCUGAUUGCAAGACUGCUGAUGGUACUUUUGAUUAAGAUAUUUAGUGGUCUUUCUAUUAAAAAGAUGCAUAUGUCGGUCUAUCAGAUGUGUCGAAAUUCUAUACUUUGAGAUUUGGAUGUUUAGAUUGGGGCGUCGACAUGGUCGAGGUUUUAAUAUAGAAAUUGCAAGGGCGGUAGUAGUUUUAGCAGAUUCACAUCGUGAGGAUAUCAAUCUGCGCUGCGCAGCACGAAAGCCGCCUGUCAUCCUCUCAUUCAAAAUCACAGGCUACGUUGUCCGCAUCUUCGUCAUUGGUUUCACCAAGGAUGUCAAGGACCACCAAGUCAAGGUCUUCACCUACGCUCAGACUGCUCAGAUCAAGGCCAUCCGCAAGAAGAUGGUCGCCACUGUCCAGCAGAUCGUCGGUGCCGGUCAGCUCAAGGAUCUCGUCAAAUUCCUCAUCAUGGACAAGAUCGAGACGGACAUCAAGUCCGCCACCAACCGUGUGUACCCGCUCGACCCGGUCCACAUCCACAAGGUGAAGAUCAUCAAGAAGCCGAAGUUGGACAUCACCAAGUUGAUGGAGGUCCACGACAUGUCUGGCGCAGCUGACGAAGGCGCACCGGUCGACCCGACCGAGCCGGAAGAGGCCAAGAACUUGUUGACCGCUUAAUUUUGAUUCGGUCAUUGACGAUGCCUUGGAGGAAGACGCUUGUCCUUGAAAACAUGGAGAAGAGAUGAAGAACAAGAGCAGAGCCGUGUCGUGGAAGCUGACUCCAUCUUGCGGAGAACAAUCUACUUGCGGAGAACAUCCUCUGAAGAGGAUAACGAAGGAGAAUUCAAAGGACGAUUGGUCGAGACGACGGUUCUCGGAAAUACAGCCUGAGACCUCUUCAUGAGACAACCGUCUUUGUGAGAAAAGUGUUGGUGAGGUGACCAAACAAAAAAAGAGCGGCGGCGCCCGACAUGGGAGAAAGGUGUUGCCUCUGCGUGAAGCACUUGUUGUGUG